AAAGUAGAUCUUUGGUCCAAAAAGUUUGGGCACCCCUGCUCCAGCAUGUCCCGCGACCCACGUGAGGAUCAAGUUGAUCAUAAAAAGGAUGAAUGGAUGGAUGUGAUUGUAUCGUACAGGCACAAGGACCCAGCAUCCUCUUCAGGGUGACACACCUGCAAGUCUUGUUUGUCCCGACAGAAAUCAACAGCACAUUCAUAUCCAAGCAUGGACAAGUACGCAGUUUGUGCGUUGCUUUUCGCGCUCGGUGCAUUUGUGCAAUUUCAUCCUGUUUUUACUCAGGAUUCUCUCAAGAUUCACCCCAAACCAGGCGAAUGUGCCCGUCGUGCUUUACUUGCAAUAUCAAAAAGGGGAUGUGGGAGUGACCAAGACUGCCCUGGGGACCACAAGUGUUGCGUCUUCGACUGUGAAGAUGUCUGCAUCCCUCCUUCUUUCAUUAAGCCAGGAGUGUGUCCGGACACACAAGGGCAGCCCGGGGUAUGCGCCUUCCUCUGCUUUGAUGACAGAGACUGUUCCGACGAAAAGAAAUGCUGCCGCAAUGGAUGUGGAGGAUAUAAUUGCAUGGCACCUUUCACAGGUUAGCUGAAGCCGGGCCAUUGCCCUCCUCUGCCUCAAGGAGCGCGUCUAGACGAGUGCUUCCAUGACGGUCAGUGUCCAGGUGACCAGAAAUGCUGUGGUCACGCCUGUCAUGAGCUUUGACAACAAUCAACUUCAUGACAAAAAUAUUUUCCAUCAAAAUGGGCCCGGGCUAAGAUAUCCUUUAUUUGUCCCGCAAUGGGGGAAAUUACAAAAUAA